GGGAGACAUCGGGAGCUCUCGCUUCAAUCUCCCUUUUCCUUGCAGACCCGUCUGUGUCUCUCAGCACAGAGCUCUUAUUCAGACCUCGCCGUGCCCUUCCUGCUCCCACUGUCUUGCUUUCUCUUCCUGACGAUUUUAGGGCACAAACAACGAAUUUCCUCCAAGCGGCCGGCCUCGGUGGUCCCCGCAUUCCUUUGGAUGAGCACAUCUAGUUGGGAAUUGGACAAAGCCCAGGCUCCUGGACUCGCACACAGCCUCCUGAAUCCUACCCUCGGUCAGGAUUCCCUAGAAAAAUCUGGAUGUGUGAAAAAGAACACUCAGAGCCGGUGCAGAUUUUUCCACGGCUAAAGGUAUUUUUUUGACCUACUACGCGGGGUGAAUUGGAAUGGCUUUGAAGAUAUUCAUGAACCCCCAAAUCUUCAGUUGUAAAGAUGAAAGUACAUGGAGAGGCCUCCUUGAAACAUUAUCCUAGUGUGGAAUGAAUCCUUCUUCUGUCCGGACCUGAUAUUCCUCAGAAGGGAAAAAUGUGUUGAGAUGGAAAAGACAUCAAGUAUAUGUCCGUGGAGGCAUUUUUAAAGGCAUCUUCUUAGGAGGACACCGUGAUGGCGGACUGCUCUGCCUGGGAGUUUUCCUAAGGAAUCCUUGUCCUCGGGUAUCGGAUGGUCACCGCCUCCUUGGAGCCUCACACUUGCCGGGAUUCGGUGCCAGGAUUAAGAGAGGGCUGCUCUCUCUCGCAAUGGGCUGCCGAGACAACUGCUGGGUUUCUUCUUAACCUUGGGCUCUGUCUAUGACCCAUCUGAGAGGCUCCCCUCCUGGGUCCUUUGCUCCCUGGAAAGCCCUAUCUCUCUGCGGGCUCGCCUCACGGCUCUGUUUGCUUGGAGUUGUAUCACACGGACACCCGCGGAUGUGGAAGUGAACAAUGUCGAGGCCCAAGGGACUGUUAUGGCUUCCGUUGUUCUUUACCCCGGUCUGCGUCAUGUUGAACUCCAAUGUUCUCCUGUGGAUAACCGCUCUUGCCAUUAAGUUCACGCUCAGUGACAGCCAAGCACAGUAUCCAGUGGUCAACACAAAUUAUGGCAAAAUCCGGGGCUUAAGAACACCAUUGCCCAAUGAGAUUUUGGGUCCAGUGGAGCAGUACUUGGGGGUCCCGUAUGCCUCUCCUCCCACUGGAGAGAGGCGAUUUCAGCCCCCAGAGCCCCCGUCCUCAUGGACUGGAGUUCGAAAUGCCACCCAGUUCGCUGCUGUGUGCCCCCAACACCUGGACGAGAGGUCUUUAUUACACGAUAUGCUGCCCAUCUGGUUUACUGCUAAUUUGGAUACUUUAAUGACCUACGUUCAAGAUCAAAACGAAGACUGCCUUUACUUAAACAUCUACGUGCCCACGGAGGAUGACAUCCAUGAUCAGAACAGUAAGAAGCCGGUCAUGGUCUAUAUCCACGGCGGGUCUUACAUGGAGGGCACUGGGAAUAUGAUAGACGGCAGUGUGCUGGCCAGCUACGGCAAUGUCAUUGUGAUCACCAUUAACUACCGGCUGGGAAUUCUAGGGUUUUUAAGUACCGGUGACCAGGCGGCCAAAGGCAACUAUGGGCUCCUGGACCAGAUCCAGGCACUUCGGUGGAUUGAGGAGAAUGUCGGGGCCUUCGGCGGGGAUCCCAAGCGAGUGACCAUCUUCGGCUCAGGCGCGGGGGCGUCUUGCGUCAGUCUGUUGACCUUGUCGCACUAUUCAGAAGGUCUGUUCCAGAAGGCGAUCAUCCAGAGCGGGACCGCACUGUCCAGCUGGGCAGUGAACUACCAGCCAGCCAAGUACACGCGGAUAUUGGCAGAUAAAGUCGGCUGCAACAUGCUGGACACCACGGACAUGGUGGAAUGCCUUCGGAAUAAGAACUACAAGGAGCUCAUUCAGCAGACCAUCACCCCGGCCACGUACCACAUUUCCUUUGGCCCCGUCAUCGACGGGGACGUCAUCCCAGACGACCCUCAGAUCCUGAUGGAGCAGGGGGAGUUCCUCAAUUACGACAUCAUGCUUGGUGUCAACCAGGGGGAAGGCUUGAAGUUUGUCGACGGCAUCGUGGACAACGAAGAUGGUGUGACACCCAACGACUUUGACUUCUCCGUGUCCAACUUUGUGGACAACCUUUACGGCUACCCAGAGGGGAAAGACACGUUGCGGGAGACCAUCAAGUUCAUGUACACGGACUGGGCAGACAAGGAAAACCCCGAGACUCGGCGAAAGACCCUGGUGGCUCUCUUCACGGAUCACCAGUGGGUGGCCCCCGCGGUGGCCACGGCCGACCUGCAUGCUCAGUACGGCUCCCCGACUUACUUCUAUGCCUUCUACCACCACUGCCAGAGUGAAAUGAAGCCCAGCUGGGCGGACUCAGCCCAUGGUGACGAAGUCCCCUACGUCUUUGGGAUCCCCAUGAUUGGCCCUACUGAACUCUUCAGUUGUAACUUCUCCAAGAACGACGUCAUGCUCAGCGCAGUGGUCAUGACCUACUGGACCAAUUUUGCCAAAACCGGUGACCCAAAUCAGCCUGUUCCUCAGGACACCAAGUUCAUUCAUACAAAACCCAAUCGCUUUGAGGAAGUGGCCUGGUCCAAGUAUAACCCCAAAGACCAGCUCUAUCUACAUAUUGGCCUGAAGCCCAGAGUGAGGGAUCACUACCGAGCUACCAAGGUGGCUUUCUGGCUGGAACUGGUUCCCCACCUGCACAACCUGAAUGAGAUAUUCCAGUACGUGUCAACAACCACGAAGGUCCCUCCUCCCGACAUGACCUCCUUCCCCUAUGGAACCCGGCGGUCUCCCGCCAAGAUAUGGCCCACGACCAAACGCCCAGCCAUCACUCCCGCUAACAACCCCAAACACUCCAAGGACCCUCAUAAGACAGGGCCCGAGGACACAACCGUCCUCAUCGAAACCAAACGGGAUUAUUCCACUGAACUGAGCGUCACCAUCGCCGUGGGGGCCUCCCUGCUCUUCCUCAACAUUCUGGCAUUUGCGGCUCUGUACUACAAGAAGGACAAGAGACGCCACGAGACGCACAGGCGCCCUAGUCCCCAGAGGAAUACCACAAACGACAUUGCUCACAUCCAGAACGAAGAGAUCAUGUCCCUGCAGAUGAAGCAGCUGGAACAUGACCACGAGUGUGAGUCCCUGCAGGCUCACGACACGCUGAGGCUCACCUGUCCUCCAGACUACACCCUGACACUGCGCAGGUCUCCAGAUGACAUCCCACUCAUGACACCAAAUACCAUCACCAUGAUCCCAAACACACUGACGGGCAUGCAGCCUUUGCACACAUUCAACACCUUCAGCGGAGGACAAAACAGUACCAAUCUCCCCCACGGACACUCGACCACUAGAGUAUAGCUUUGCUGUUCCUUUCCGCUACAUCUGCUCCUUCCCACUGGAGAGAGGGAGAAAGAGAGAAGCAACGUGUGCCCACGAGGAGUGUGGGUCAUCCCACUGACAUAAGACAAAAAGAACAGGGCCACCAUCGUGUCCCUGUAGACCCAUCCCAUUGGCAUUUCCCAGUACGACAAGAUCUACUUCUGACCCUAUGAAAUGUGAAAAAGUAUACAUUGCUGUUACAAUACUGCUUUAACAUCUCCACCUCUCCAGAGAACGUUAGUUUGGCUAGGACAUCACCGUCUCCAGGACCUGGAUGCUUCCCGUGUUAACAAUAGAAGCUGACACUUUGGGGACUCAGCCAGGGACACUUAAGAAAAAAAAAAUUUUUUAAUUAACAGUUGAAAAAUACAAUAUGUGCCAUACGACGGAUGGCUCUACUUAAGGGAAGGACGAGUCUGUGGGAUUUUACCCAGUGCAUGGAGCUAUCAUCCAGACAGAAGGAGAAGUAGAAUUUUAUUAUUACAAGAGCCGACUAUGCAGUAACAUAUGUAUAGUUCUGUGCAAAGAGGUGUUUCGCCAGCCUGAACUAUAUUUAAGAAACUUUGUAAAAAAAAAAAAAAA